AUGUGGAACUUAAAUAGCCACAAGGCUGAAGAUGUUGCGGAUGAGGAGGUCAACAACAAAGGAAGGAAUAGAAGUGGAAGAGGAAAGGAAGGCAGAAAUCAACAUGAAAAUAGACGUGACAGGAAAAAUGCAAUGGCUAUUGCCAAGCGUGGAAGAGGAGCUGAGGAUGAAAGUGAUGAAGACUCGAGACCAAUUGCAGAAUUAACUGAACGUGACAAACUAAAACGUGCUAAACGUAAGGGAAUUGACCCAAUGGACCCAUCCGCCUAUGGAGAGGCUCCUGAAGGUGCUUGGACAUCUGGACUUGUAGAAGAUCAAGAAGUAAAGACUGGCGUUGAUGUGACUGCUUCUGGACCGCUCUUUCAACAACGACCGUAUCCUGCUCCUGGCGCAAUUUUACGUCGACUACAUCCUGAUAAGUACCCGCCAACAUAA